UGCCCAAACACAAGGAGCGAGAGAACUGUGAAAAACAAGAAGAUUGAAAGUUUAAUAUCUCUGCAGGAUUGGUCACCGUGACAACACAUCAUCUUCACCCUAUUUACAUUAACAAUGCUAUAAGAAACAGAGAGCGAGACAGAACUACAGAGAGAGAGAGAGAGAGAGUGUGUGUGUGUGUGUGUGUGUGUGUGUGUGUGUGUGUGUGUGUGUGUGUGUGUGUGUGUGUGUGUGUGUGUGUGUGUGUGUGUGUAAUAUAUGCACAUCAGUGAUCAUGUGAGGCUUGAGGAGGGAGCGCGGCAAAUCGGGAGGAGAGUGGACGAGUGAGGAGAUCAUUGUUCACGCUGCACACACUGAACACGUCAGGGAGCGACAGCGAGGACAGACUUUGACGUCUCCGACUCUGACUCCCACAGCAUCAUGUCCUCCCACAACUGCUCCUCAGACCUCCUCUCUGGAGAAGCCGGGCUGCCUUGUCCUCCGGGGGGCGCGUGUGUGAAUCAGACCCCUGGAACGAACGGCAGCCACGUGGACCUGGACGACGCGUGUUUGACAGUCGAGGUUUACCUGGAGAAAUACCUGGGCCCUCGCCGCUCGCCCGUGUUCCUCCCCGUCUGCCACGUCUACCUGCUCAUCUUCGUGGUGGGCGUGGUGGGGAACGCGCUCACGUGCACGGUCAUCGCGCGCAACAAGGUGAUGUGGACCCCCACCAACUACUACCUGUUCAGCCUGGCGGUGUCGGACCUGCUGGUGCUGCUGCUCGGGAUGCCGCUGGAGCUGUACGAGCUGUGGCGGAACUACCCCUUCCUCCUCGGGACGGGCGGCUGCUACUUCAAAACCUUCCUGUUCGAGACCGUGUGCCUGGCGUCCAUCCUCAACGUCACCGCGCUCAGCGUGGAGCGCUACAUCGCCGUGGUGCACCCGCUGCGGGCCAAGUACGUGGUGACGCGCACCCACGCCAAGAGGGUGAUCCUCAGCGUGUGGGGCGUGUCCGUGCUGUGCGCCGCGCCCAACACCAGCCUGCACGGCAUCGCCACGCUGCGCGCGCCCGCGGGCCCCGGCGGCCGCGGGCGCGCGCAGCUGCCCGACUCCGCCAUCUGCACGCUGGUGAAGCCGCGCUGGGUGUACAACCUGACCAUCCAGGGCACCACGCUGCUGUUCUUCGUGCUGCCCAUGCUCACCAUCAGCGUGCUCUACAUGCUCAUCGGGCUGCGGCUGAAGCGCGAGAAGAUGCGCGGCGCGCUGGAGGCCAAGUCCGACAGCUCCUGCGGCCUCCGCACGCAGCAGCAGAAGGCUCGGCGCCGGCAGGUCACCAAGAUGCUGUUUGUGCUGGUGGUGGUUUUCGGCAUCUGCUGGGCCCCAUUUCACACCGACCGCCUCAUGUGGAGCUUCAUCAAUGACUGGACCGACAGCCACCUGCAAAUCUUUAAGGAAAUGUUUAAGGAGGCCAUGUGCCACCGGCCGCAUCACAUCGCCCCCAGAACAUACUCGCUCAGCGUCACGCGGGUGACCCUCCGCAGCACCCUGAGCGACGCACCGCUCGGCAACGGAGCCGCCGUCGUGGAAGCCGAGGCAGGAGAUGGCGACGCGAAGUUGAAAGACGAACAUUUCUCAUAUUAAAACAGAGGCCGUGUCGUUGUUGGGACAUCGUGGGGUUUAAAAAGACUAUCCUCCUCAAUCAUACCUAUAAACGUGCAAGUGCAAGUUUGAAAAGCUUUUAGGUAAUGGAAAGGGAUGCAGAACUAAAUUAACACAUGCAAGCGGCUCACAGGCCAUAACAUUAUUGAAACGCUUGUCCCAUUCAGUCAUGCCAGUGAUGCUGCACUGGAUCGUAGCUUCCAUCUAUUCAACAAGAUGUGGUGCUUUGUGGUCGUUGUGCAUGUAAAAGUCACCCAUUAUUAGUCCUUAAUGUGUGUCACAGUUCUGCCAUCCAGGUCCGGGUCUUGUUGUGGUAAACUGCAGGCCGUGAAGCUUCUCCUCUGGUCUAAAAGGCUGAAGUAGCUUCGUAGGAGGCGUUGGAACCAUCGACAGGUGAACAUGAGUCCGGCAGCAGUCACACCUGAUGCAGCUGUUCAGUGAGUACAGCUGCCAGCAGCUCUGCAGCAACGGCAUAAACACGUAACUGGAGGUGGGUUCAAUCUGUCUGGACCCUCUGUGUUACAGUAAAUCACCACAUUCAGACAAUGGUUGGGUGUACAAACCUAUUUACAGUGUGGUGGAAAAGGUGUAACAGAAAUGUGUGUCUUCGCUGUGAGUCACCUGUGAGCGUAAGUAAAGUGAAGCAAGCGUGCGCGUCUUGUGAAUCGUUCGCGCUUCGGUUUGUGUUUUUUUCUGUUGCUUUUUAAGGUUUAAUGGGUUUUACUUCUGUAUCGUCCAUAUUGCUGUUCAGUACUUGUGCGUUUUUUUAAUUUGCAGAGCUUUGAAACCUUUUAGGUUGAAUUAUCACUGUUACAAAUUUAUUGGCUUGCUUUUAUCAGCUGUUAGUAAACUUGCAUGGAAAUAAAUUCAAAGACAUUUUUUUGCCA